CGAUCACGUGUCUGGUGGGAUUGAGGAGGAGGGGGACUAGGAGGAGACAUAGGCCCUGCAUUGAAGACAUAAGUGGCAAAGGAGGUCUGCUUCUGCAAAGAGGUAAGGUGCAAAACGUACCAAUAGGCAUGAAUAGUUAAUAAUGAUGCUAGGUAAUAUAGAUGUAAGAAAUAGGGAAUGGAAGUAAAAAAGAUCGUACGUUCUAUUUUUCCACUGGCUGAUCGCUACCAUCUAUCGUAGAAGCCAAGCUGUAGUGUGUGGCCAUGAAUCGCUGUAUGUAAAUUUGGAUGCAUGGAUAAUGACAAAUCUAUUUCUGGUUUGUUUUUCCAUAUCUGUUGCAAUGCAGGCUGUGAGUGAAGUUAUUUCUGUAAAAUCCAAUGAAGAUAUGGCCACGGAAGGGGGCGCUUAUAUAUAUAGAUUAAUUUCUGUACACAAACAUACGUGUGGGCUCAUUACAUGAAUAUCUGAAUUAUUUGUAGUUCCAAAUCAAGAUACAAAUAUUAAAUUCCCUACUCACAAUACACACCCCGCAUUAUUAUAGUGCGUAAAUGGCACCAACAGCAGUGUUGUAUAGGCUGCCGUCUGCCUCACAUAUCAUUAGUGUAUGUAAUCCAUUUUUUGGAGAGAUUGUUGGGAGCCCAUGGAAGACAGGGAAAUCAUUUACAAUGCGAGACUGCUGCUACGUUCAAUUCCCUAGUGCAGCAGGUCUCUGAAAUAUAAGCUGGCCUCUCUGUCAUUAAUGGAAAUGUGUAUCUUUGAGACUGAAUUUACAUUUUGUAUAAAAGGAUGUUGUAUCCAAACUCCCAGGAUGUCAUUUUUUGAUCGCAAAACAGGGACAUUUACAUGUGUGGUUUUUUUUUGUUUGUUUUUUUACUAUAAUGAUCAAUUAAAUUCGAAAAGGCUUCCUCCUCAUUGAUGAUGUGAUGUUGGUUUUAUGUUCUCAUGCAUUAGAUUUCCAUUGUAAUCCUAAUAUGUAUGGGUUGUAUUGGUCAGGAUACCCCUUAAAGACCUUAACCUGUUCAAUUCCAAGCUAUCUGCAAGAAUAAUAUCUCCAGAAUCUGAAUAAUGUGGGUGUUCUGGGAAGUAAUGUAUGUAUAAAUAGCUCAUUAUUAAAUGGAAACAAAAAUUAAAAUUUUGAUUGGACAGAAAAACCUUUAGUAAAUAAUAAAUAACGAAGUAACAGGCAAGGAAUCAGUGCUGUAAAUUACUAAAUGUGUAUUGCAGUGGAUCCCAAACUUUUUAGGUUUAAGGCACCCUUACUAUUUCAAUAUUUUUCCAAGGUGACCCAGGUUAAAACAAUUUCUUCGGUUGUAUAUAGGUACAGCGCAGCGACAUAUACUGGGCCCCUGUUCGGCAGAAAUGCUUGCCGUUCAAGCGCAGAUCCAAAACCUAAUCUGGGUAGGGGCACUGGUAGAAUUUUUAAAGAAACAGUCCAGGCACAAUAACCACUACAGCACUUUGUCGUGGUUAUUGUGCCAGUAAUGGCCUCUCAGAAUAAGUAGUCAAACUGUUUAAGAACAGUAUGACAAUUUACCUGGGAUCUGCCUGGAUAGGGGCUGUAGUAGGGAAUAGGGACACUGGUGUGUCUGAGGGGUGCAAUGUGUGUGUGUGUGUGUGUGUGUGUGUGGGGUACAGUAAGUGUACAGGGCAUGGUCGUCCCCUUGGAUUUUUCAGCUUGUUCUGCUAUUUUUCGUGUGAGAUUGAAAAUUACAGUGCAAUACCGGCGCCGGCCAGUAGGAGAGAGACAGGGAUAGGAAGCUGCAUCUUAUCCCUGCUUCUCUCUCCUGACUGAAUCUGCAGGGGAGCAACACAUACAGACCAGGUAAGUGAGGCAUAUGAGGGGGACAGACUACAGUAAGGGUCAGCAAGGAACAGGAAGGUAAAGUAAGAGAAGGAGCAGAAAGUAGAAGAAAUAGAAAUGAGCAGAAAGUGGCAGCAAGGAGCACAACAGGUAAAGUAGGAGAAUAAGCACAAAGGAACACAAAUAUGCAGGAAGGGUCUGCAAGGAGCUGGAAGGUAAAGUAGAAGGAGCUGAAAAGUGUCAGCAAGGAGCUGAAAAUGGCAGCAAUGAGCAGGAAGGAACAGAAGGAGCAAAAAGGGGAAGUAGUAAAAGGAACAGAAGUGAGCAGGAAGGGUCUGCAAGGAGCAGAAAGGGACAGAAGGAGCACAAAGGUAAAGGAGCAGAAAGAAUCAGAAGGAGUACAAAGGUAAAGUAGGAGAAGGAGCAGAAAGGGACAGCAAUGAGCUCAAAGGUAAAGGUCUGUAAGGAGCAGAAAGGGAUCAGAAAGAGAAAGGAGCAGAAGGGGAAGCAAAAUAAGCAGAAAGGUAAAGGAGCAGAAAGAGCAAAGAAGGAGAGAAGACAGUGUCGGAAGGAAAAAAAAAAGACUGUGUCAAAUGAAGGAGAAGAAAAUGAGAUUGUAGCAGGAAGGACAAGUGAAGUGAUCCCUCCACUUCAUUCUGGACACCAUAUCAUAAGGCUUUGGUACCUGGGCCUGGCAGGGAAACUUUGGACCUUCUCAUCUCCCCAGGUAAAAAAAAAUAAUAAAAAAAAAUCAGUGUUAAUGUGUUCACUUUUAUUUACUGAGUGUCAGGAAGCAUAGAGUGCCGCUGGGGAGGGAUGUCACUGGUUGGCUUGAGCGGUCAGCUGGCACUCUUAAGGCAAUCAGUAGCUCCCCAUUCAUAAAAAAGUUAAAAAACAUUUUUAUGAACCAGGAACUAGCGAUUGGCUUAGAGCGUCAACUGACCACUCUAGCCAAUCUGUAGCACCCAUGCCUGAUGUCAACUGCACUUCCUGACACUCCGUUUCAAAAGCCGAAUACCACUGAGCGAUCUGGAAAUCUGGAGCUGGAGGAAGCCUUUGGGGUUAAACCAUUUGAGAGUGGUUUAACCCCUUAAAGGAAAGAGAGCACCCAAGGGCUUACUGGCAUCAUAGCAUUUUCAUUUAGAUGAAGUUGUUAUGGUGACAAGAAUGUUCCUUUAAUUUGUUUAACCCCUUAAGGACGGAGCCAAAUGUACACAUUGUGAACAAAACAAAAUGUAAACAAAACCUGGCAUUUGCGCUACAUGUCUGUCCAACCGUAAUACACCUCUUUCAUAUUAAAUGCAGCCACCCUUAUUAUAUAUCAUUUUAUUCAGGGGAAACAGGGCUUUCAUUUAAUAUCAAAUAUUUAGCUAUGAAACAUAAUUUAAUAUGAAAAAAAAUGGGAGAAAAUACGUUUUUGGGGGAUUUUUUUAGUUCUACAUGACAUUUUAACGGUCAGUGUCAUAAUACUGUUUGUUUUUACUGCAAUAAAAUACACAUAUUUAUAUUCAGUAAAGUCUCACGUGUAAGACAGUACCCCCUAUGUACAGGUUUUAUGGCGUUUUGGGAAGUUACAGGGUCAAAUAUAGCACGUUACAUUUGAAAUUGAAAUUCGCCAGAUUGGUUACGUUGCCUUUGGGACUUUAUAGUAGCCAGGAAUGAAAUUUACACCCAUAAUGGCAUACCAUUUGCAAUAGUAGACAACCCAAGGUAUUGCAAAUGGGGUAAGUCCAGUCUUUUUUAGUAGCCAUUUGGUCACAAACACUGGCCAAAGUUAGCGUUAGUAUUUGUUUGUGUGUGAAAAAUGCAAAAACGCCAAUUUUGGCCAGUGUUUGUGACUAAGUGGCUACUAAAAAAGACUGGACAUACCCCGUUUGCAAUACCUUGGGUUGUCUACUAUUGCAAAUGGUAUGCCAUCAUAGGGGUAAUUUUCAUUCUUGGGCUACCAUAGGGUCUCAAAGGCAACGUAACCAAUCUGGCGAAUUUUAAUGUGAAAAAAUGAAACGCAAGCCUUAUAUUUGGCGCUGUAACUUUUGAAAACACCAUAAAACCUGUACAUGAAGGGUACUGUUGUACUCGGGAGACUUCGCUGAACACAAAUAUUUGUGUUUCAAAACAGUAAAAAGUAUCACAGCAAUAAUAUUGUCUGUGUAAUGCUGUUUGUGCGUGAAAAAUGCAAAAAACGUCACUUUUACUAGCGAUAUCAUCGUUGUAAUACAUUUUACUGUUUUGAAACACUAAUAUUUGUGUUCAGCGAAGUCUCCCGAGUAGAACAGUACCCCCCAUGUACAGGUUUAUGGUGUCUCGGAAAGUUAUAGGGUUAAAUAUAGUGCUAGCAAAUUAAAUUCCCUUUACUUUCGGCAUGGGUUGUCAGGCAGGUCCUGCUAAUUGUAAUUAAUUAAGAUACCUAAUUAUGUAAAAAUAUUACAUAAAUAUAUAUGUAGAAUUAAUAUAUGUAUAUAUAUACGUAUGUGUAUAUAUAUGUAUAUAUCUAUAAUUUUUUUUAAAUAUUUUUAUUUAUAUAUAGGUAUAUAUAUAUAGUGAUAUAUACGUAUAUAUUUAUGUAUAUAGAUAUAUUAUUUCGUUCUACGUGUAUUUUGAUAUAUAUAUAUAUAUUAAUUUCACAAAACAGUUAGAACGAAAUAACACACAUCUAUAUAUUUUUUAAUUAUUUAUUUUUAAUUAUUUUUUAAAUUUUAUUUUUUAACGUAUUUACAUUUUAAUUUUUUUUUAUAAUAUAUAUAAAUAUAUAUAUAACAAUAAUUAUAUAUAUAUAUUUAAUCAGUAUCAGUCUACGUGUAAUUUGAUAUUAAUAUAUAUAUCAUUAUAUAUAUAUUAAUAGUAAAAUACACCUAGACGGUGUACGUGUGUGUAUGUAUAUGUGUAUAUAUAUACUUAGAUCAUAUAUAUAUAAUAUAUACAUAUGAUCUAAGUAUAUAUUAUUAUUUUUUUACACCAAUAAAUGUAAUUUUAAUUUUAUUUUCAGCCAGCAGGGGGACCACCUGUCAUUACAGGCAGCCCCCCUGCUGGCAAUGCAGGAGGCAGCCUACCCGGCCAUGUGAUUGUGGGGUCCUCGCUAGGACCCCACUCUCACAUGGCCGGGGAGCACCGGAGGAGAAGGAUCUGCCGCGGGGGGGGCUCCCUGGGAGUCCCCCCCACCGCGAUCGCCGGCGUGGGACCGCCGGCGACCGGGUAAGUUAACAAAAACCGGAGGGCGUACAAUUACGCCCCGCGGUGUUUAGAGCCGCCUAUUAGAGGGCGUAAUUGUACGUCCUCCGGUUUUAAGGGGUUAAAGGAACACCAUAGUUGUGAAAACGCUAUUCACCCUGGCUUUAUUGUGUUUGUGAAGCAUUGUGUUUGUGAAGGAUGCAGUGUGUAUGUGGGGCAGUUUGUGCGAGUGGUUCAAUGUGUGUAGGGGCAGGUUCAUUGAGGGGCAGUGUGUGUGUAUGAUGGGGCAAUUGUGUGUAUAGGGGGAGUUAUUGUUGGUUUGUGGGGGUAGGAGAGCAGACAAAUAUAUCCUUUUUAUUUUUUUUAAAUAAAUAAAAUAAUUAUUUUCAUAUCCCCUCUCCCUGCUUAGCUUUGCCUGGGAGGGAGGGACAGUACAAGACAUCUCUGGUGGUCCGCUGGAGAAACCCAAGGGGGUGAGAGUGAACUCUAGCAGCCUCAGGAGCUGCUAGAGGUCACUCUCGAGAGAUUCCACAGUAACCAAAGCAACACCCCUAGCUCGCGAGAUGAGAACCCGGCGGAGUUGCAGCUUAGAGCUCGCCCGUGUCCUCUGUCCCUCCCCUUGCUGGCUGCCAACAUUACACGGCUAGCGGGCUGGAGAGGGAGAUCUCUGAUCUCCCCUCCAGUCCUGCAGAGCUGGCAGGGGAGAGGGAGGCACGGUUCCCGGUGCUAUCAUCAUAACUCCGGGAAAAUAUCUUACGGCUCCCCUGUGUGCCCAUCACAUAGUUUGGGAACCGCUGGUGUAUUGUAUAGUUAUAAUAUAUGUUGUCAGGAUGUUGACCAUACCAUAUCACCCUUGUUACAUCUUGAAUACACACACUAAAAUAUGUACAUACAUGUAUCCACACAUUUGUCUCAUGCCAACACACAUAUAUAAACAGAUAUUCCAACCACUCACUGAUAUAGCUGCCAGAAAAGACAGAUAUUCACUGCCGCCACACAUAGACAUUCUCAUUCACACACAGCAACACAAUGGCUGAGACCAAUAUACAUGCUUACACAAACAUCAAAAUACGGUGUCAAACACAUACACAUGCUGACACAUAUUAUCACACACAGACACACACACAGUCAGACACAUAUGCUGUCACACACACCUACAUUUAUCCUGGUGGUGUUAGUGUGAUUCUUGACAUUAACCAUCAUCCUGCUCCUUUGUGAUGUACAGCUUGACAUAGCAAUGGAGCAGGGAAGAGCAGAUUGGCAGGAGUUAUAGCACACUCUCCAUUCAUCUUAUUGUCUGAAGGUGACUGGCUGUCAUUUUAGUGUAACCAGCUGCUCCCUAUGAACACAGGGUGAAACAAGAACAGAUAUUCCAGCCCCCCAUGCCCCCAAAUCAGGACCACAGCAUUCGUAGCCAAUUCACUGUAAACAUAAACAGAGAUUCAGCAGCCCUCCCUUGCGCCCUCCCUCACCCCCCUGCGACAAAAAAGAAAACCAGGAAAGCAACAAGCAAAGACUGCCACUCUCUCCUUGGGACAGCAUACAUGACAGAUUAGUGAAAGGAGAGAGGCAGUCCACCCCCGCUCAUCAAACAGAAACUGUAUCCACUCUGAGGGACAGAGGUGCUGCAGAACAGAGAGAACUGUGUUCAGAACUAAAAAGUUCACAGCUUGGUGGCUUUUGGUGCUGCUGAGCUGUAACUUUAAGGACUGUGCAAAGGCAUAAUUUACUAAUGAAGUUUGUUUGCAAUUAUGCAAAUCUUGGAUACAUGAUUGUGGAGUAUGAAUGCAUACUCUGGCAAUUGUGUAUACACAAGUGCCGAGGUGAAGGGCUAAAAAAAUCUUCUAAGUUGAACAAAAAUUAUUUCCUUAUUUGUGGACAUUCUGUAUUUGUGGUUGGGGCAAUAUUGUCGUAAUGGUUAGAUAACACAUAAUUAGCAAUAGACCAUCUUCGUCAGUAGCACCGGUCAGUUGUGGUGUGCCGGAACCAACGAUGCAGUAGGCCUGCAAUAAAGAGGGUGUAAAGAAGUGUACCAUACAAAUAUAUUUGUUCUACAAUACCUCAAAAUUACUUGGAGAAGUCACGAUAUGCCUGAAAAAUCCCUAACCGGUUCCGGUAUAGAUAAUGUAUAAGAGGAUGAUUGCCAGCGUCCCAUGCAGUUGCCGAGUCCCACUGUGAUUCGUGGAGAUGUCCCUUCUCUAAGGGAUGCCAGACUAACUGUGUAUAUACUCUGUGAGAUGGAGCACCAGACCUUGUAGAGGUGUUGGGAACUCGAGGCAUACGAUUUAUGCAUAGCCACCAUUAGUAUGAUUCUUACGUACCUGCAGGCUAGCUAUUGACAAGUGACAAAGAAUUUAACUAACGAGGGUGACAGGCGAGGCCAUGUUAGUUGCCAAGCGAUAUGAGAGGCUCUAUCUAUGCAUUGGCCCGAGGGGAGGAAGAGGCCACCCAAAUACGGGUGGCGGGUUGAGGGCCUCUUGGUGACUACUAAAGCAUAAGAUUGACAGGUCAGGCCCUCCCUAUGCAACAAUGCAAAGUAUAAUUCAAUAAUAAUAAAAUAUGGUGAAAAAUUGAAAACAAACAUACAUGUUUUGACUUUACUUGAAAAAUCUUUUACGCCUCUACAAAAGCUAAUGAAAGAAACUGCUAAUUAGAUUUAAAAUUUUGUCCUGAGUUUAAAAACACCCAGUGUGUACAUGCUUUCAUGCAAGUUAUAGGGCUAUAAGUACAAGUAGAAUAUUGCUGUUUCAAAAUGUACAUUUUUAAAAUUUAUUAAUAGUGACAUUGUAACACUGUUAUCUGUCAUAAAUCUCAGAAAAAUACCCCACAGGUACAUUUUUUUUUAAAAAAAAUUUUUUUAAAGUAGACAACCCAAGGUAUUUAUCUAAGGAUAUUUUGACACUUUCUAUGUAGCCAUUUUACCACCAAUCUUCAGAGUUUUAUUUAAUUUAUUUUUUUCACAUACAUUGCAAUUCAGGUAUAAAGUCACAGAUCAUGUUAUGUGUUGCUGCCAAAAAACACACUAAUAGGUGUUCAGCAACAUCUCCUGAGUACAGCGAUACCACCCAUGCAUAGGCUUGUCGGGUUGUUAAGGGUCUAAAAAGGCCAAAUUUGGCAGGUGCGCAUAUCCGUUUUACCAACUUGGAAUUUUGACAUGUAGUCAACCUGUGCCCAUGUCCUAUUUGGGACAUUUUUGAAGCCGGCCAAUGUAUUUUACCCCCAUCAAACUAUAUAUUUUUGAAAACUAUAUUUUAAAUGGUGGUAUUGUAACACUUUUCAUGCACUGAAUUCUACCACCAGCCUUUGUCAAACUUUUGGGUAGUACCUUUUUUUUUUUUUUUUUUCACACACAUUGUGCUUUAGGCAUGAAUUAAUAUAUCCUGCCAAGCAACACCCCAAUAUGUGUUCAGCAACAUCUCCUGCGUACAGUGAUAGCACCCAUGCAUAGGUUUGCUGGGUUGUUUGGGGGGGGGUAAAAGGCCACGAUAGAGACUUCUGCAUGUCAGUUUUUCAACUUGAUAUAUAGGUAUGUUUGGCCUAUCUUCACUUUGGUGUAUUUUUGCAUCCCCUAGUUAGUGUUACCAUCAUGAAAGUAUAUAUUUUUAUCAAGUAGACAUUCCAGGGUAUUGUUUAUGAGGUGUUUUAACAUCCUUCCCCCAACCAUUGUGCUAAAAAAAAUAAUAAUUCAGAAAUUCUGACCCAGAGCAGGAGAUAAAGCAACUCCAACGUUUCAGCGUCUAGCCUUCUUCAGGGGGAUCUCUAACAUUAUGGUCUAUGUUCCUAUUUAUAUACCAUAUGUCUUAAUAAGGAAAUUGUAGCCUAAUUAAAAAAUAGAAGUGUAAAGGGGGACGAGAAAGAAACCGAAAGGUCUACCGCACGUACAGAGUUACUUCCGGGUUUAUGGGACGUCAUUGCGUAUGUCUGACGUGGUUAAACUUACUGAAUCCGUCGCUCAUAACAACGGUGAUGCGAAGAGACCAAAAGUGGGGAGGAAUCCUAUAAACAACCAUGUUAGCUAGACAUGAUCUCUGGCAUAGUAUGUAUUUUUUCCCUUUCACAGGACGCAUGCGGCGUAAGAAAAUUAGCCUAAUCAUCCGGUACAGCAGACCUAAUAGGACAACAAUGUGAAAGCACACUAGCACAUAUAAGUGAAUGAAGUCUCCUAAUGGAAGAGAUCGGGACAUGGGGAGAGACGGAAUAUGUGAUUGCCAAACUAUGUUAGAAUCACCAAUAUUUGUCCUGAGGAAGGUCCCUGUGCGGACUGAAACGUUGAUUUGUUUAUUUUAUGAAUUAAAGAGGAAUUUUUUAACUGGAAGUCCGUGAGUGCAGCUCAAAUUUUCGUGUGGAUAUCAAUCCCCCUCAGAGGACUGGCACCUGGCAAGUAGAAAAAGAAUAUGGGCUGGAAGUUUUUCAGCCUUUUAGUACAUUAAGCUUGAGUGCAAGGAGUUUUUUUUUUUAAAAUAUAUUUUUCUGCACAAGUUUACUCUGGUGUACUUUGGGUUAUUCUCUACGAACUAAAAACCUAUGGUGUAGGAAGAACAUGUCCAGCCUUGAGUAUGUCUUAGUGGCUGGGGAAUAGAACAAAUUAUCUCUCAUACCUACAGUCCUCCAACAGUCAAGCUGAGGUUGAUCUCUAGAUAAACCAUCUGCGUGUUGGUACAGAAUGAGGAAAGGCGGUGGCAGUGUCCCCAUAUGUUACCGAAUUUAUUGCAUUUUGGGUUUUUUGGGAAUACAUAUAUUAGCAAAGGUAACCAUAGUGUGGCAUUUAUCUACCCUGAUCAUUGGUGACUUGAAUGUGAUAUUUGCAACUAACAGCAUGGCCACACCACCCCUGUUGAAUUACUAAACUAUCCUACUGGGUAUUUACAGUUUUGGAGAUUAGGAGCAAAAUUAGCUCUGAAAUUAGUUUCUUAAACGUAGGCCAACUCUGUCCUAAGGUGCUUGAAAUCAGACCACUCCAUUGAGUGCUAUUCAAGGGUGUUAAAUACUUCACAUUAAAGGACCACGAUAGUACCAGAAAAACAUACUCGUUUUCCUGGCACUAUAGUUCCCUGAAGGUGCCCCCACCCUCAGGGUCAAACUCGCCGGGCUGGAUGGCGAGGAGAGGGUUAAAUCUUACCUUUUUUCCAGCGCCGGGCGGGGAGCUUUCCUCCUCCUCUCUGCCUCCUCUUCGGCUGAAUGCGCAUGCAUUCAGCCAGUCUUAUAGGAAAGCAUUCUUAAUGCUUUCCUAUGGACGCUGGCAUCUUCUCACUGUGAUUUUCACAGUGAGAAGCACGCAAACGCCUCUAGCGGCUGUCAAUGAGACAGCCACUAGAAGCUUUAGAGGCUGGAUUAACCCAUUUAUAAACAUAGCAGUUUCUCUGAAACUGCUAUGUUUAUAAAAAAUAAAAAAAAAUGGGUUAAUCCUAGAUGGACCAGGCACCCAGACCACUUCAUUAAGCUGAAGUGGUCUGGGUGCCUAGAGUGGUCCUUUAAGAAAUACUAAGCAGAGCCAAGUUAUUGUUUUAUUUUAUUGAUGCAAUACCAGUUUCUCGCCUCUAGUGGCCUCCCUAGCCACUAAUCAAUCCUCAUCUCCUCUCACCUGCCUCAUAUGAUCUUCCAAGUCUGCUAUAAAAGGCCACACCCAACUCUUCACAUGGCCUUUUACAUUGAAGUCAGUGUUCUGACAUAUAACUUCUGAUUCUGGCUCCUGAAAACAUCCUGUAUUUAUCUGCAUUAUUUCAAUCUGAAGUGACUUACCUGCUUGAUCUACCAUAUUUAAUCUGCUUACCUGUUUCAUGUGCUGCAACACUGCAUUAUCCUGUCAGCAACCUGUAUUACAAUAUACUGGAAUCUAUUUACCUGUCUCACUCAACUACUGCAACUCUGCAUAAUCCUGUAAGCAACCUGUACUAUAUUAUUCUGACCAGCUUUAACCAUUUCAACCAUGUAUCAUCCUUAACCUGGCUGCAGCGUGACAUUCCACAGACUACUAAUCUAUUUGGGGAUAACGUCAAACCUACUUGUGUGUGUAUAUAUAAAAGACUUUAUUCAUUUACUUUCAAGAUAUCCUUUUUGUGGCAUAUUGCCUUAAUUCUUUCUUUCAAGUAAAUUAUGUCUAAAAAGACAAAGUUUCAACCGCUAACCCUGGCAAUAGUCUCCUCUAUGACCUGCCCAAGAACAUGACAGAAUGUAAAGGCCCUAAACCGGAGACUACAGGGUUAACCAGUGUUCUAACAAUCAUUGCUGAAAUCCUCUUAAAACCUUGCAAGACUGUUUCAUUGCUACUACAAUCAAGCUCUUGUAUAAAACCAAAGAGCCGCAUGCGCAUUCAGCCAGUCUCAUAGGAAAGCAUUAUCAAUGCUUUCCUAUGGACGCUGGCGUCUUCUCACUGUGGAAAUCACAGUGAGAAGCGCAGAAGCCCUCUAGCGGCUGUCAAUGAGACAGCCACUAGAGGCUGGAUUAACCCAUAGGUAAACAUAGCAGUUUCUCUGAAAACUGCUAUGUUUACAGUAAAAAGUGUUAAUCCUAGCUGGACCUGGCACCCAGACCACUUCAUUAAGCUGAAGUGGUCUGGGUGCCUAUAGUGGUCCUUUAAGACGGCUACAAUGACUACCCACUACUCUUCAGACAACUCCCUAUAUUCUUACCUGGUAGACGAAAAUUAUAUUUUUGAUGAACUACGCUCUGACGAAGAAACUGGGGAAGAACCUUUCAUGGAAAGACUGAUAAUGACUACUAUGACUACAGUUCCCAUCAGCCGCUCUGCAGGAAAGAAUACUGCAAAACCCUGUCUUGGUGCUCCUGGUCUCAUAAAAGCAAGUGAUGGUACUAUCAUAGCAAAAGAAGUCCUAGCUAUAUUAAAGAAAGCCCUAAAAGACAGAGAAAUGGAGAAAAAAAAAAACAUAGGAAAAAGAAAUAAUUCCUUUUACUCUGAUUUCUUAUUCUCUGUUUCAAACAGACUAUACACACCUUUUGUUCUUAUUCCACGUUUGUUUUGCCUUGAAUAAUCAGCGUCCAGAGUCCGCUUUUGAAGGAGGGGAUUAGGUCAGGAUCAAGAAUUAAAUGCUGUAAGACUGCUUGAUUGAGUUUAAGUUACAAUAGGGCAUAUAGAAUCUCUGUUCAUAUUACCAGGUAUCCAGUAUAUACAACGGUAACUAUGGCUACACCAGUAUGCAGUAUGCAAAUCCGUGCAAUCAAAAAUGUUUUACUUAGAUUAAUGAGCAAUCGACUAAGUGCAUGAAUCUCAAUAUUUGUGUUCAGGAAUUAUCACAUAUUGCAGGGUUAAUCAGUCACGACAACCCACUCAAUGCAGAGACCGCACUAGCAGGCCACAAUGAAGGCAAUAAUUAAAUAGGAAACACAAAUAAUACUGAAUUUGUAGCUUCUAGAUUUGCCACUUCACAACGCAUGGGCCAGCAUGAAAAGAGAUAGUCAUGUAUUUAUUGAGACCUGAGUGUUCACCAAUAUUUACACACAGAUAUACGCCAAAACAAGGUCAAACAGGUCAAACCAAACUAAAGAAAAAAAAUAUAGCUGUACGUAAUACCAAAUCUUAUAGAAUCUGUAGAUUAUUCCAUAAAGCCACUGGAGGAUUACAAUGUUUGCUGCAAGACUGAUAACCCCAGUGUAGCUCAAACUUAAUCAGAAUCAACUAUGUGCCAUUAAACCAAACCACAUAAAAGAAAAGAAUAAACUAGAACACUAGCUUAUUGAGUGAAUGCACCUGGGUGACAUGCAAUAUGCAGCGUAACAUGUUUGAAGGGAUCAGACUUCCAUAGAAAGAACAUAUAUAGAUUAUAUCUGGCUAAUCAAUAAGCCCUUUAGAUGCUUUUGGAUGUAGUAGAAUUAGCCAUGGGAGUUGUGGCAUCUGUAUGUCUUUUCAUAGAUAGUUGUUGCCAUUUCUGCCUAUGAGGCAAUGGGGACAUUGAAGCAUGUGGAGACAGUAAAUACCAUAUUGGGUAUUUGGUAAGGAUACAGCCUUCAUGAAUGGGCCAACGUGAUGACUGAGACAAUCAGAUGUUGGCUUAAAUCGAAAGGCUGUUUAGCCAGGCCUUAAAAGUUACUUGCCACUGCAAGCCUUGGAGGGUCCAUGGCAUAUGGAUACUUGAUAGUGUAAUGUUAAAAUGUUGAGCCCUGCUGAUAGUGGAAGAUAUGCCAUUAUUUCAGCCACCCACAGAAAGUGAGCUGCUUGUGGCAAAGCUAAUGUGGGACAGUUGCCUUGGACAAGUAUAAUUAUUAUUUUCUUUUUACAUUUCCACACGCCUGAAAUUAUUCUAACUCUUUUUCUCAAUGCUACUGUUGAUCGAACACGUAUCCUGACUCUCGAUCCUCCUCCCCUUGCAGGAAUUGCUUUCCUUUAGGCUAAAGACAAGCAGGUGAGACACCCAGAGGAGGCCUUUCAAGACUUGCAGAACACAGCCUUCUUAUCUCUGUGUCGAUCGACACGGGCAAAAUUGAGUACCAAGACACACACACACACACACACUAUGCAAUGCAUGCUCAAACAUCUUUGAUUACUUCCAUUUAUCAUAUAUCUACUUUUUAUCUCUCCCACAUUAUACUGCUGCAUGUCACCUCCCUCAAAUCACCUUGUCUUGUUUAUUUAGUUUAGUGAUUGUAUAGUAUCUGUGCUGUGUGAAAGUAACAACAGCUAUCUGUACUUCCCUUGGCAAACACUACUUCUUGCUUCUGCAAAAAAAUAAUAGUUCUUGAUGAAGGAAGUAAAAUAUGAAAUCAUGUCUGUCCAAUUUUCUUAAUUUUUUUUUAAUUUUUUUAAAUUACACAAGGUCUAAAGUGAGAUUUUCAGAAGGACAUAAAAUCACAUACUCAACCCCAAGAAAAAUAGUGGGUAAUGACCUAUUGGAAGUGAUUUAUGUCAAGUAAAAACAGAUCAAGUACUUCCUCACAGCAGUAAUGCUGUGCUGUUGUCGGGGGGGAAAUUGUAACCUGGUGCAUUGGAAUUGUUGAGAUUUGUUUAAAGAAACCUUCAGAGCCUUAGUGUUGUGAUGGUUAGUGUGCUUCUGAACGAUGGGUGCUGUAAUUUCCCCCUGCCAGCAGCUUGAUAACAAAAAAAAUCAUGCACCCAAAGCCCACCAAAACUCUCACUCAUUAUUUGAGACUUUAUUAUGAGUCGUGGACUCAUGCCGUAUGAUUUUUAAGUGAAAUGUUCAAUAAGCAAGUCACCAUAUGUUUGGAAGCAUUAAGAAAUAUAUUUAUAAUGUAAAUAAGGAAAUCAGAUUUUGAUUUAUUAUCUAUGACAGUAAAAUUUAAAGUUUUGCAUACUUUUUAUUUAAAUUUUUACAUAUUUUUUUUUUGUCUUUUGCAGGAAUCCGCUACCGAUUUCUCCUGAUCUACUUAACUCUAUAUAAAAUUUGCCACCAUACGUCCAAAGAAGACAUUUGCAGACUUUUUAUUAUAGUGUGAUUUAGUGCAGGCAGCUACGUACACCAAAUCCUUUUACGAAGGUCUAAAUAUGUAUUCCCUAACUGGAAAAAAGUUAAUUACAUUUUAAAUGAGUCCAAGCUUAUAUUUCUAGUAAGAAAAAUUUAAAAACACCAGGGAAACACAAAAAAAAUGAUUGAAUACAAAAAUAUUUGUUGAAAUUGAAAAGUUGAUAUGUGCACUACAUAAUAGCUAUAACGAGAGAGCUGUCUAGCCAUUGAACUGACAGAUUGACUUCCCUGUGCACAGAGUCGUGAAAGUAAUUACUUUUUUUCCCGAUCUCCUAUACUUGCUUUUCCUGAAAUGACUUAACUGAGUUCAAUCAUAACUUUGUGGUUGAUUGCGUUGUAAGAGAAGAGCAUACCUCCACUUGUUUCAUCCUUGGAAAUGAAGAGUGACUAAAUAUUAGGGCUGUUAAGUGUAUAAAAUAUAAAUACUGGAAGAAGAGACAUUCAAAUAAGAAGAGAAUGAAAAGGGGAAAAAUCUUGUACAUGUUUUAAACAAGCAUUUCAAUAUUAUUUUCACAUCAUAUGUCCUUAUCAUAAUCCUUGAUGAGUUUCAGCAACAAACAUUGGAACACAUUGUCUUUGCAAAAUAAAUGGAAUGCUGGCUGCACUAUUCUUUAACAUCUGCCUAGGUUGCUGUACAAGGUCAACAAUAACAAAAUCUUAAAGCAGAGUUGAAAUGGAACAAGUGUUGCUACUUUUCACAUGCUCAUCGAUUUUCAGAUGUAAUCACAACCUUUUGGGAUCUUUGGAUGGAAAGCUUGAUGUGAACAGUUUUUAAUGGUAAGCUGCAGAACUAAAAUUGGAUUUGCAGUGACUGUACUGUAAAUGAAUAGUGAUUACAUCCACCUACCUAGUUUGUACAACUGGAUUUCUUUUUAGUGGUUUAACGUGCGCCUUGGUAUAAUUUUGCUCUGUGUGUGCGCGUGCGCAUCUUCUCCUUCUGAUUUUUUAUGCAAUUAUGACUUGGGAGCAAAAAAUUGCUAGAACAUUACAGACAGUCAGAAUAUGAUCAAAGGUUCAACGGUGGUAUUGUGACUGUAAAGGAAAUUGGAGUCGUUUAAAAGCCUUAAAAUACUUGAAACCUAAACCUUUUCAAUCCUUGCCAUUGAGGAUGCAUGUUAGCAUUUUCAUUGGGACAUACAUUUUAGCUAACCUGAAAUAGGAAUCUCAGGCUGUGUGAAAGACUGCAUAGUAUCGGGUUUUUACAGCACUCUGAAAAAGGAAGCUGUAUCAAUGAUGAUUGUCCAAAGGAAAACUGUAACCACACAACCUUCAUCAUGAGAAUCCAGAGUUCUGGCUAGUUUUGUAAGCCAAAUCAACUUCACAUUUUUGUAUAUGAAGCUCUGCAACUAUGCAUUAAGAAAAUGUAAAUCUGCACUGACCUUCUAAACAGCUCAAGGUCAGCUACGACUCUGAGAAAAUUGGGCUUGUAUAAAUAAAUGCACCCGACUCUGGGAAUUGAUUUAUUUAGUUUAUAUUUUUUUACUUGCUGGAGGGUGAGGUAAGGGAGUGAGUCAGGACUUAUAAAAGCAUGCACGCAUUUGUAGAGCAUGGGCCUGUUCUUUGCAGUGAUUCCAACAUCCUUUGCCUUUCAUGGAAAGGAAGGGUUCCAAAAAGUGAGAAGGAAAAACCUGUAUGUAGGAGACGUUACUAUGAGGAAGGAUGGCUGGCCACUGGAAAUGGAAGAGGCGUUGUAGGAGUUACAUUCACUUUAAGCCACUGCCAGAGAGACAGAAACACUCCUCAGAGAAUCAACUUCAACCUACGGGGCCACAACAGUGAGGUGAGUCUAUUUUACAAUAAACUACCAAUACAGACUGUGUGGUAUCCAUAUCCUUGUCUAAUAAAAUAUAAGAGGAGGUUCUGGACAGUUGACAGGUUAAUAAGCCUGUGAAGAAUGACCACAGGUAACAUUUUGAUAAAAGUAGUAAAAUUGUACAUAAUAUAUAUUAUUUUUCUCUCCCCUCCCCCCCUUAAAAAAACCAUCACUGUAUUUUAGGAGCUAGAGAGUGAAUUUAGGUGCCACACAAUACUUCCUUCUAAUUAACCCCUUAAGGACUGAGCCAAAUGUACACGUUCUGAACGAAACAAAAUGUAAACAAAUAAAAUAAUUCCUAAGAGUCUCUAAAUUUAAAGUGACUCUAAUCCUGGUUUGAUACAAAGUCCAUAACAGACAAACUUGCAAGUGAUAAUGGUAAAUCUGGAACUAUGCUUGGAAUGUACACCAGAUAAAAAUAAUAAUGAACCCAACCAUUAUAUAUUUUCUCAAAGAGCCUUUAGAAUAAAAAAAUAAAAAUAAUAAGUUUAUUGAAAGAUUGAAGGCGCUAUAUAACUGAAAUAAUGGUUGGAUACCAAAGGGUAUACUGAUCAUCUAUAUAUGUUGCUACACUGCCAAAUCAGUCUUAGAAGUAGAUGGUCUGUAUUCAGCAAAGGGAGUCUGAUCCCUAUUAAAGGAUAAAUAGCUAUACACUUCAGCCAACAGAUCUGAAUACUUCAAGGCAAUAAAUUAUAGGGCAGUAAAUUUAAACAUAUAUAUGUAUGAAGGACAGAAUAGAGAAAUAUUAGUAUAUCAUUCACCUAAGCUUAUUGAUUCCCAUUUAAACAAACAGGUUCUCCUUAACCCCUUAAGGACACAACUUCUGGAAUAAAAGGGAAUCAUGACGGAAUAUUUCUGUCAUGUGUCCUUAAGGGGUUAAGUACCUGGCUUCAGCUUAGGGAGUAAAGAGAGGAAGCCACUGAGCUAUUUAACCCUAAGUAGCUUGAACCGACACCUUCAUGGGUGUUCUAAGCUGUCCCAUGGUUCUCUCUAAUAGUAAGGGGUCAAAUUCUUUGAGAAAUGUGACACUUAAUUGAAGCUUGUGGCGUCUGUUCUUCAUGUCUUCUAUUUAAAAAAGGUUUCAAUAUUGUCCAACUUUGGAUAUCAUUCAUUGCCUGACAAGACUGUUCUAAUAGGGGCAAAACUGAUCGACCUAAAAUGUGAUGAUAAUUUUUAAGCAAUAUCUCAGUAAACUAGAAUGACUGUGGGUGCACUGGGGACCCAGGUAAGUGUCAAAAUUGUAAAAAAUAAAUAAAAAUAAUCUUGGCUUAACCACUAUGUGUGCUGCAGCGGUAAUGAUGCUUAAUUUGCCCAUCUUCCUUCCUCCCCCUACCCCCCCCUUUCUUUAUUUAUGUCUUGACUGUUCAUACAAAAGUUUGAAGUGUACAAAGAAUCAGGAGUAGAAAAUAAGAACCAUUCAAAGUACAUACAGUGUGCAACGAGUGCACAAGCAUGACAUGCAUAAAAUGUAUUUUUAAAUUUUUACAGAGAAAUGGUAAGACAGCAAGCUCAACAAACAAUAAAUAAAAGUACAAUAUAUAAAGAAGACAAUAACAAAAAAUAUAAUGGGAUAGGGCUCGACAAAUACCAGGUGCUAGGUCGCCAAGGCUACUAGAAAUUUUGUCUUAGCGCCUGGUAUUUGCCAGCUCUUCUACGAAUAUUGGAACCAAUGAUCAGCACGGAGGUGGCCAGCUGGCAUGAGGACAUUGUAGGAGGCAUGCGAGAGAGCAGAACUCUCGCAGCUCCAAUCUGCUCCCUCGCGGAAUAUGAAGUCACUCCGGCCCGGCAUCAUUACAUAGAGCGCGAGGGAGCAGAUUGGAGCUGCAGUAAGAUUACCGCUUUCAUGCACCCAGGAAGAUAACAGCCCAGGGAAAGACCCACUCCGCUCUCCAAUAAGAUAUGGAGGCUGAGUGGGUUUCAAUGAAAACAAUAAUGUGGGUGUGUGUGUGAGCCUGUCAGAGUGUGUGUGAGCUUGUCUGAGUGUUUGUGUGUCACUGUCAGUGUGUGAGCCUGUCAGAGUGAGUGUGUGCUUGCAAGCCUGUUGUCAGAGAGUGAGUGUGUGUGUGUGUGUGUGUGUGUGUGUGUGUGUGUCUGCCUCCCCCCGAUCGCAUGAGGAAGGUGUUUUACUCACCUUUUUCCCAUGCCGUGACAGUUUCGCUGCGGCUGGUCCCACCUCCAUGGCUGAGAUUAUCAAUCUUUAUGACCUCAGCUAAGCCAAUGGAUUUUGUGCAUGCGCAGCAAAUGUGCCAAUUCGUAUGUCCUCAUAGAGAUGCAUUGAAUUAAUGAAUCGCUACGAGGAACAUUCAGCAGAGUUUGGAGACCCUGAACGUGGAUGCUGCACUUGGUGUAGCAGUGACCCAGGAAUCACUAGUGUCAGUCUGAGUGACGUGUCACUAGAGGUGUUAAUAAACAGCAAUGUAAACACUGCCUUUUCUCUGAAAUGACAGUGUUUACACUGAAAAGCCUGCAGGGACAAGGACAACUACAUCAAGUUGUAGUGGUUCUGGUGUCCCUUUAAGAAUUGCAUUUUUCUCGUUAAAAAUGACUGGCUAACUUUUUUAGCUGGCUCCCAUAUUCCAAACAAAUUUUUCAAUCCCUGGAGUAGGGAAAACUCCACAGGACAAGUGGUGACCAGCAGGUUAUGCAAAGGUGGUAAAUUUCCAAGUCUGUCCAAGAUGUCAUGAAAUGAAGAAGAAACAUUUUAAUUCAUCUGUACUUAAUUUAUACAUUAGUUUAUCAUACAUUAUUUUUAAUAAAAAAUUUUUUAAUGGGUGGCAAGUCCUUCCAUAUGUCGAGAAAGCAUAUAGCACCAAGGGGUCUUAAUCUAAAGACAUCAAUAUCUUAUUAGGGAACCACUUUGGGGCUCAAAUAUAGAGUAUAAAUGAACCUCUCUGGCUACGAGAAUGCCAAGGAACAUUAAUACACACAUAGUACGUCCUAUUCUUUAGAGUACCACUAGAUCAUUAUUUUUUACAUUUGCUCCUGUAGUUGAACACACAAAGAAACAACCUCACAGAUGUCUCCUCAAUCCCCUUCUUCGAAGCCUCCCUCCCCAGUUCAGUCUUCCAUUGAGACACAGAUGAAAGAGGUCUAUUCUGAAUGAGCAAAGUAUGGCAUUAUAUAUAUAUGGGAUGUUAUAAACUCUUCCUCUCUCAUAUAUAAAUCACAAUUUUUCCCUACCAUAACCUUCUUGGUUUUUGCUUCCCAAGCACUACCAAACCUCAGUAGCAAACCGGUAACCAACCUCUUGCUGAUGAUUGCAUUAACAAUGAAACAGCAGUCCAUGAGUGGUUCACUGCCUUUGCAUAAUUUCCUAAGUUGUGUUUUAAAGCUGUUGUGUACAGAAAACACAGAUUUAAAGGAAUCCAUGUUUAAAAUGGAAUAAGGCAAAAAUGUGAUUCUUUAAAUAAUUUGCAUAUGCCCACCCAGAAUCCUUUGCGGUAGUAACAUCACUGCAAAUUUAUGAUUUCUGUGGGAAAAGCAAGUCUUAUGGCUUGCCAGGUGUGCAGAUUGUUGUUUAACAUUGUAACACACACACGCACGUAGUGGGAGGGGAUGAUCCGAUCUAUAUAAGCUCAAACUUACCUCCACACCGGGCCAACGUCGAUUUUUAAAUUGAGCCCUAUAUCUUACAGGAAGCCUAUUCUAACCAAGAUUAACAGAAGGGUGAGGUGCGGGCGGAGAGGAAGAUGAGCCUCACCGCCGCAUUAAUUAUGGACUGUAACGGCACACGUUGGGAGCAUGUGAGACCACUGAGAAGCGGAUUACAGUAGUCAAGGCGAGAAAGGACAGUGGAAUGGAC